AUUCCAGCCCGUUAAUAUGCCCAAAAUACUACAUGUCGUUUUUGGUCGUCGUGUUCCCUGCAAGAAGCUGCAGAAACCGAUAUAUCCCAACGAGUAUUUCCCACCUGAAACAAACAGAUGAACCCAAACAAUCCGAGUUUCAAAUCGAAUAAAAAAUGGUGAGAGCAUCUGCACUAAAACCCAGUAGCAAAUUCUUCCUGAGAAAGCACAGGAAAUGGCCGGUCUCGCCGUACAACACCAGAUGGCAACAAAUCUUCAACCAAAACCAAGCCUUCCAAAGCCUCAAAAAAUCAUUGCCGCCACCCUGCCACCUUCUUCCGACGCUCAACUCCUUUAAAACCUACAACGUCGACCCAACCCCGGAAGCCUACCACUUUGUCCUCAAAACCCUCACCAAAACCUCCCAGUUCGACCACAUCGUUCCGGUUCUCUGCCAGCUCGAAAAAGUCGAAAAGUUCGACACGCCGGAGCACAUUUUUUCCCAUCUAAUCUGUUUUUAUGGCCGUUGGAGCAGAACCCAGGACGCAAUUGAUCUGUUUUACAGAAUUCCCAAGUUCAGGUGUGUCCCUUCUGCUCACUCUCUCAAUGCAUUGUUGUAUGUGCUUUGUGGGUCCUGUGAAGGUCUUAAAUUGGUUCCCGAGAUUUUGCUCAGGAGCCACGUAAUGGGCAUCCGGCUCGAAGAAUCGAGUUUUUGGAUUUUGGUCAGUGCUUUGUGUGGAAUUGGGAAGGUUGGAUAUGCUAUUGAGAUUAUGAAUUGUAUGAUGAAUAAUGGUUAUGGUUUGAAUGUGAAGAUUUGCGGUUUGAUAUUGUUAUCAUUGUGUGAACAAAAGGAUUCAGAGUGUGUUGAUGUUAUGGGGUUUAUGGGAGAAAUGCAGAUACUUGGGUUUUGUCCUGGGAUGAUGGACUAUUCCAAUGUGAUUAGGGUUAUGGUGAAACAGGGGAGGGGUUUGGAUGCCUUGAAUGUGUUGGUUAAGAUGAAGGAGGAAGGAAUUAAGCCUGACAUUGUUUGUUAUACCAUGGUCUUACAUGGCUUUAUCGCGGAAGGGGAUUUCAAGAAGGCGGAUCAGGUUUUUGAUGAGCUGCUUGUGUUGGGUUUGGUUCCGGAUGUUUAUACCUACAAUGUGUAUAUAAGUGGUUUGUGUAAGCAGAAUAAAGUUCAAUCGGGAUUGAUGAUGAUUACUUCUAUGGAAGAGUUGGGGUGCAAGCCUAAUUUGAUUACUUAUAACAUCUUGCUGAAGGCAAUUUGUAACAGUGGGGAGCUUAGGAGGGCUAGAAAUCUUAUGCGUGAGAUGACGUUAAACGGUGUUGGGGUAAACUUGCAGACUUAUAGGAUUAUGCUGGAUGGUCUGUUUGGCAAAGGAGACAUUGAGGAAGCUUGUGUCUUUAUGGAAGAAAUGUUAGAUAAGGUUAUUGUUCAUUUUUGUUCCUCAUUCGAUAAGGUGAUUUAUGGGUUGUGCCAAAGGGGUUUGGUUUGUAAAGCAAUGGAAUUGCUGAAGAAAAUGGUUGCCAAGAACGUUGCUCCCAGAUCAAAGGCUUGGGAAGCACUGCUCCUUAGCUCAGGAUCUGAACCCAGCUUAGAGGAGACUACUUGGACGGGUUUGGUGGAGCCAAUAGUAGCACUUCCAUAGGUGAUGGCGCACUGACUUGGAUCACCAGUAAACAGUGCAUCUGAUGUUUAUACUUACCAGGUAUAUUUAAAUUGCAAGUCCCUCGGAGUAGCAAAAAAGUAAGAGUAAAAAAGAUGCAAGGGAAAAAACAAAGUAGACAAAUCCCAUCGUCAAAGGGCAUUGUCUAUCAUGGUUUGUGCAAUCAGAACAAUAUGGAGGCAUGAUUAAACAUGAUUUCGUGUCUGGAGAGCUGGGGUGCAAGCCUAAUUCGUUUACUUAUAACAUCUUGGUAAAGGCAUUAUGCAAAAACGGGGAGCUUAGUAGAGCAAGAGAGUUAGGGUUAUGUUGGAUGGUCUAUUGUGCAAAGGAGAUGUUGAUGAAGCUUGUGUCUUUGUGGAAGCAAUGUUAGAUAAGGUUCUCAUUCGUUUUUGUUCCUCAUUCAGUGAGGUAAUUUACGGGUUGUGGCCAAGGGGUUUGGUUUGUAAAGCAAUGGAAUUGCUGAAGAAAAUGGUUGACAAGAACGUUGCUCCCAGAGAAAAGGCUCGGGAAGCACUGCUUCUUAGCUCAGGAUCCAAACCCGAUUUGAAAGAGACUAUUUGGACUGGUUUGGUGGGGCCAAUUAUAGCACUUUAUAGCACUAACAGAGGACCAGUAAGUUGUGCAUCUCUUUGUUAUACAUUUACCAUUAGUUGUUUGUACCAUAUAGAAUCCACAGCGACAGUUGAUUGACUUCACCAGCACAAUGCAAGGCUGAAGCAUAAGUUAGCUGCAUCCAUGUGCAUCAGAUUCCUUUACUUCUAAUCUUUUGCUUAAGAGAGGCAACCGAGCCUGGCACGUCGUGCUGUACUUGUGCCGGUCUUUUGUCCAUUUCUUCGUCCGAGAAUGUUUGGCAUAAAACUGUAUAUGCAUUUGUACCAACCUAGAAUCUUCUGUCGUACUUGCUAUGCUGGUGUACUCUUGUUCUUGGUUUUUUCUUUACCAGAAGCAUUACCUUUGAGUUGAUACCUUUCUUUUACAUAUUAGAUGAUGACAAUUUCUGCAAAAGAGCAAUGAAAUUAUUCUUUUAAACUCUUCAAAAUUA